AUGGCCCUGGACCGCACCUCGCUCUCCCUCUGGGAAAGGGCCGACCUUCUCGCCGCCCAGCUCUCCGCCGUCGGAGCCGCGCUCUACAGCGCCAUCACUGGAGCCUUCCGCGGUAAAUCUGGCGCAAGUUCCUACAUGCUUCAUGUCGGUAAUGCGAUGAUCCGAUCGCUGGUCGGUCGGUUGAGUUCUAGACAACUUCAAUACGUAUAUCCCUCCACCAAAUCUGCGUAUGAAAGCUUCAUGAAAUCCAAAGGCCUUGAGCCGGAAAACGUGACGCUCAAUCACGGCGCAACGGGGCAUUGGAUUGGGGAUAAGAAUGCGAAGAACGUGGUGGUUUAUAAUCAUGGUGGAGGCUUCGCAAUCCCCGCCUCAGAAGGCCACUUCGAUUUCUACACCUCCAUAAUCAACCACCUCAACGCCAGCAAUCCCUCCCACGGCGACAUCGCCAUCUUCUUCGUCGCCUACACCCUCACCCCCCACGAAACCUACCCGACGCAACUCCGCCAAUCCAUCUCCGCCCUCCAGUACAUCCUCACCGAGACGCACCGCUCACCAGAAAACAUCAUCCUCGGCGGGGAUUCCGCCGGUGGAAAUCUCGCUCUAGCUGUCCUGCUGCACCUCGUGCAUCCACACCCGGAUAUCGAGCCAUUAGGUCCCCUCCUAGACGGUCAUCCCCCGCUAGCAGGGGUAUUUGCAUUCGCGCCCUGGGUAAGCUAUAAUCUGGACGGGGCGACAAUAAAGGGAAAUCGCAAGAAGGAUAUGAUCCCGGCGAAGGUGUUGGUGGAUUGGUCGAGGGGGUAUCUCGCUAGCGGUAGCAGUACCAAUGGAGGGACCAAGGAGGAUGAGGUGAGGGAAGGAGAUGCAUGGAGUGAGCCGAAUAAGGCGCCCGUGGAGUGGUGGAGAGAUGCGAGGGAGAAGACAGACAGUGUGUUGUUUUUGGCGGGGAGGGAUGAGAUCCUCUUUUCGGGGAUUGAGGCGUUCGUGGAGAAGGUUAAGUCCGUCAUACCAGAUGCCACGUACGUCGUUGGACAUGGAGAAACGCACGUUGCGCCAGUCUACAGCGGACAGUUUCUCAGCGAGGAGGCGCAGCAAGGCAAGGCUUUGAAGAGCUGGUUGGCGGCUCGUCUCUGGUGA